ACUGAUAAGUUGAUAACCAUGGACUAUUAUUUAUAAAGGCUCAUCGAAUUUCUACUUAACAAACACUUUCAUUCACUCGUUCUUAUAUCAACUGUGCCUGUGCUGAAUAGUAUUCGUUUGUUUAUUUACUUAAGUUUGAACAUUCUGGAACAUCAAAGGUUAAUAAUGUCUUUUUGGCCAGCUGCGAAACCUUUAUUUGGGGACGAAAUGAUUUUGCAUUCUAUUGAUUGGAUAGAAAAUUUUCCAUGGAGAAACGAAACAUCAAUAAAAAAGGAUAAAGAUAAGUAUCUCAUUUGUUUACACGCGAAAGAUUUUUCACCUGAAGAAAUAACAGUGAAAACGGCUGAUGGAUUUAUAGUUGUUGAAGGCAAACACGAAGAGAAAAAGGAUGAAGAUGGUUAUAUUUCGCGGCAUUUUGUGAGGAGAUACGCUCUACCAGAAUAUUGUCGGCCAGAAACUGUGGAAUCAAAACUAUCUUCGGAUGGUAUUCUUACAAUUACUGCACCUAGGAAACCAAUUGUUCGUCGGGAUACAGUUAUACCAGUUUCUCAUGAAGGCAGUGUUAAAUCAAAAUUGUAAUAUUUAAAUAAAUAAACAUACCUACCUAGGUAAUAAAAUAAAAUAAUGAACCUAAUAUUUGUGAACAUUGUGGUUAAGGUUAGGGUGCAAGUGAUAUGAUUUAAAUUCGUGAUAACAUUCAGCGUUUCUAGAAAUUGGUGCAUUUAAAUAUGUUUUAAUAUUUAUAUUAUACAUUAUAAUAAUUUGUUUAACUAUUAUUGUAUAAAGUAUUUAAAAUUAUUUUAAAUAAGUUGAACUUUAACCAGGUUCUGCAAUCUAUCAUAAUUCUCUGUACAUAAUAAUUGAUUUAUUAAUUGCUGUCUUUAUAUAUAUGUAAUCUAUAAAAAUUUAGUAAUAAACUUACUAAACGAUACAUUUUACUGCUUA